UGGCAGGUGUGAUGGAGAGAGGCGGCGGGCACCACCAGCCGAUGCCCGGCGAGCGGGACCCCCUCGACGACCGGCAUAGGGAUCUGCUGCUGCAACAACAGCCACUGCAGCAGCCGAAACAGGAUCUUCACUGUGCGUCAGCGCGGAAUGCCCAUAACGUCACAGUGCCUUCUGUGGGUUCUGCAGCGGAGAAACGGUUUCUGGAGUUCAACUGCCGCCUAGAAGAGGAGGCUGGACGGAAGGCGCGGGCGCAGCAGGAGGUCGGGGAAAGGGAGGCGCAACUGCGGCGCAACUACGAAGCCAAAAUGACGGAGCUUGAGGGUGCCCUCCACGAAAGCCAGCGCGCCAGGAAUGCGGUGGAAAACGCCCUAGCGCAGAAGGAAGUUGAGUGGCAGAGCGCCCGCGCAUCGCUGGCACAGAAGUCGAACGACGAUGCUGUUGCGUACGUUCGCCGCUCGCUGGAGAUGACUCUGCACGCACGUGAGAAAGAACUCGAAGACACGCAAGCGUUGCUGCGCGCAGAGCGAACGCGCCUGGCGGAGGCACUGCAGAGGGAGGAUGACCUUCGCAGCCGUCUCCUUGUCGCGGAAGAGACACGCGUGUUGUACCAGCUGUAUCUGCAGCGCCUGCUGGAAGUGGUGCGAGAACGGGCGAAAGAGGGGCCGGCGCCGCGGUGUGUGACGCAGCCGCUUGUAACGAACAACGACGUAGCCGCGACGCUCGACGAGGCACUGCGCUCCGUAGAUGCCGCAACUGCUGGAGGUGGCGAAGGGACGCACGGGUUUGCCCAGGACGGGAUACGACGGCAGGAGGGGCAGACACAAAUAUCCGCGCCAAGGACGGCGCUCCCCCCGCCAUCGCCAUCGCCACCACCGCGGCAGCUGACGAACGCGACGCUCCUCAUAUCGUCCAUGCUGGAGGCCAAAGUAGCGGGCUGUCUGUCAUUGUGGGGGCGCGAGGAGAAGCGGCGGCACGACGGCCUCCUGUCGGCAUUCCAGGCGUCCGUCGGCGCNUGCAUGGAGGAGACAGAGGCCAAACUUGGCGUUGUGCUGAGCUCGCUACGCAGCAUGGAGCAGCGCGUGAGCGAUUGCAGCAAGACGGCGGCGUCGGCACUGCAGCGGUGCGCCCGCGCCUCCGGCGGCAGCUCGAUGCGUGUCGAGCACUUGCAGCAGGAGCUGAAGCGCGUCAACUACGACUACGCACAGUCGCAGCGACAGCUGCAGCGGGCACAGGUGGAGAUCAGCGGGCUGAAGGAGGAACUCGCACGUGUCGACGGCGAGCGCGAGGUGGCGAUGCUGAUGCACCGCGCCGCCGAGUGUCUCGAGGACGUACGGCAGAGCGUGCGUAAUGCCGUUCGUGCGGCGGCCCACGAUAUGGAGCAACGUACCUUGGAGGGCAACACGCUGCAGGAGCCGUUCAUUCAGUCGAUACGUGUUAUCGCGGUGAAGGUUGAGGCACACGUGGAGAUGGCGCGCACGGCGUUGCGGCGCGAGCAGCAGGCGCGCGGCGACGGCCCGAUUGACACCGAGACGAUGCACCGACUUAUUCUCAGCCCGCCGCGACGGUCCUCCCGCAGCCGUGAGCG